GGCCGUCUCCUCUCCUCACGGAGAACUGACUCGAAACCGCUGAGAGGCAACAGAGAAACCGCACGGACUGAACGAGGCGGCGGAAAUAAAACAACUCGAGGCUGGAGGCUGGCUGGCUUCCUUGCCGCUGCCCGGCUGAAAAAGCCCCCGAAGCAGAGGCUUCCGGUUGAAGCAAAGCAAGAGCGCGAGGGCGCCGUCGGGCAUGGGGAUCGUGGAGACGUGGAUGCGGGAGAAGCCCAUCCGCACCUUCCUCGCCCAGCUCUCCACCCGCCGGGCGGCGGCGGGGGCCGCGGCCCUGCUCGCUUCCUCCUCCGCCGCCGCGGCGUCCGCCGACGGCGAGCCCGGCGACCGGAGCAUCCCGCAGCUCUCCUCCAUCGCCAACUCCGUCGUCUCCCGCUGCUCCAGGUCUGAAGGAGGUCAACAGAACACAAACAAAUAAAGGCAACAACCUGUAGCGUUGCAGGAUGGUUAAUUAAUGCAAUAAUCACUGAUCAAGCACUCAUGCUAACUUGUUAAGGGGAGUACUGAGAAUCAUAUGCUAGCCACAAUUGGAUCAACUUCCAUAGCUUACUAUUGUCUAUUGUAGUUAUCUUUAAUUUUUAAAUACACUGACAUGAUCAUGUUUCUGCUUUGUUUGACCACUCUUAUAUGAUUUAAGUUGUAAUUUCUUGUUAUGCCUGACAAACUUCUAACAAGUUUCUUCUCAAAUUAACAUUUUCAGGGUUCUUGCUCUUGCAACCGAAACCUUGCAGCAAAACUUUGAAGUUGACUAUCCCGAUAGUUGUAAGGAGUCUAAUACAUAUGCAAAGGAAUUUUUAGAGUACUGCUGCCACAAAGCUCUCCAUGAAGUAACUACACGUCCAGAUCAUUUGGCUGAUAAGAAUCUUCGCCGUUUAAUGUUUGAUAUGAUGCUUGCGUGGGAACACCCAGGUGCUGUUGUUGAGGAUGAAUUAUCAGAAAAUCAUUCUGCUUUGCGUACAACUGUGGAUAUUGAAGAUGAUGACGAGGGAUCAAUUUUUUAUGCAAAUUCCACAAGAUUGGCGGUUCAAGUCAAUGACAAGAAGACAGUUGGCUUAGGUGCUUUUGCACGAAUAGCACCUUCAUGCCCUAUAAUAGCUGACUUGGUUACUGUCCACAAUCUGUUCGAUGCACUCACAUGUUCAUCUGGUGGCCGCUUGCACUUUUUCGUGUUUGACAAGUAUAUCAAAAGUUUAGACAAGGUAUUCAGAUCUGUCAAAGGUAUAUUGCAGUCACCGCUUGCUUCAAGUUUUCAUCUUGAUGCUGGGGAAUGUAUCUUAGCUAUGGAUGGAGACAGGCCUAUUCAUCCUGUUUUUCAACACAUUGGAAUAUCAGCAUGGCCAGGAAGAUUGAUUCUUACAACUCAUGCUCUUUACUUUCAGAGUAUCAAAGUGGGUUAUGGUGACAAGAUUGUUAAAUAUGAUUUAGCAACAGAUUCUGAUCAGGUUAUCAAGCGUGAUUUUACUGGGCCAUUGGGUGUUCGCCUGUUUGAUAAGGCUGUGAUGUACAAAUCAAGCACUUUAACAGAGCCAAUUUAUUUUGACUUCCCUGAAUUAGGAGGUCCCUCACGAAGAGACUAUUGGUUAGCAAUCGCUCGUGAAGUAUUGCAGGUGAAUAAAUUCAUCAGGAAGUUCAAUCUUGAAAACGUUCAGAGAGCGGAAGCACUCUCAAAAGCUAUCCUGGGCAUCUUGAGAUACUCUGCUGUGAAAGAAGCUUUUCAUAUUUCUCCUUCUCACUUUAAGACAACACUCACUUUUAGCUUAGCAGAAAAACUUCCAAAAGGAGACAUGGUCUUAAAAGCCUUGUAUGCUAACUACUUUCAACUGUUGGACACUUCGUUGAGUCAUUUGGUGACUGAGUCACCCGUUGACAAUAGGCUGCAGAACCAUUCAUUACCAUUUUCAUUAUAUGCUCUCUCUAGAAUGGGAUUUAUAUUACUGAAGAGAAAAGAUGAAGCUCAAAGUGAGAUAAGCUUUUGUGCUGUUUGCUUUGGUGUAACAAAAUCUCUAGAGGCUGCUUUGGAAGAGUCAAUUUGUUACUCUGAGAGAAUAGAUGCAGCACGUGCAACUAUAGAUCAAGUAAAGGUGGAAGGUGUGGAUGCAAAUCUUGCCCUCAUGCAGGAGUUACUUUUCCCAUUCACUCAAGUAGUCAAACUCACUUACUCAUUGACCAAGUGGGAAGAUCCUCUGAAAUCAUUUCUGUUCUUAGCUUUUACCCUGUAUGUUAUUCAAAGGGGAUUUAUUGCUUACAUGUUGCCCUCAUUUUUUUUGGCAUUUGCUGUUGUUAUGCUCUGGCAUAAGUACAAUGGAAGGGAGCAAUUAUUGGGAGUGCUUGAAGUAAGAACUCCUCCAAGUAAAAAUCCUGUUGAGCAAAUCUUGACCUUGCAGGAUGCUAUAUCCAAGUUGGAAGAAACUCUACAGUCUGUAAAUAUUGUUCUUCUAAAGUUCAGAGCUGUCUUGUUUGCAGCUGUUCCAAAGACAACUGAAAUGGUCGCAGUGGCAUUUCUUGCUGCAUCUGCAUUUCUUAUCUUUGUACCUUGGAGACAUCUGCUCCUGAUUGCAGUCCUGGAGGUGUACACAAGAGAGAUGCCGCUAAGGAAACAGAACACUGAAAAGUUCCGCCGGCGGAUUAGAGAGUGGUGGGCCCGCAUUCCAGCCGCUCCUGUGCAGAUGAUCAAACCCAACGAAAGCAAGAAAAAGAGAUGACAAUGUGCUCCGUGCUGUUGCAAAGAGCUCACAAUUUUCCCUGUUUCCCAUUCCUAUUUUUCACCUGACCAGCUAACCUGUACAUAUCUCAAACCCUCUUGCCUCAUUGUUACAGAGAUAUUCUUACUGAUCAAAGCUAGCCAAACUAGUAAUCAAUUCAAUGCAUAGUGCCAUUGCUAUGAGUGUACACUGUACAAAUAUAUGAUCGAAAACAAAUUAAUGCUGUAUUUUCUUUCGUUGAUUGUGUAA